AUUUGGAACCACACACGCACGCCGAUGUCCCAGGGGGGGCAGUAGCGUCUUUCCCGUUCGAUUCGUCGCCAUCACCAACCUCCAUUGGCGCCCACCCGCAGAGCUCCACUUCCACGAGACCACGACCACUCGCUCGUGACCCUCCCCAUGGCCGCCGGCGUGAGCAGGCUUCCGCCGCGUCUCACCACGCUUGCGGUCUUCUCCUCGCCGACGCCGGGCCCCUUCGGCCCCAACAAGCGCGUCGCCGGGCCCAGGCCCAGGCCCAGGCUCAGGCUCCCGCCGAUCUCCAUCUCCAUGGACCCGGCCCUCGUCGACCCGGCCCACCUCCAGGCGCUCAUGCUCGCCUGCGCGCAUUCCUGCGCCAUCCGCCUAUCCCCGCCGGACGCCGCCGCGCGGCCGGAGCCCGUCGACAUCCGCAAGCUCCGCACCGCCGUGGCGCACAGCUUCCUGGUCGUGUCCGUCUUCUGCGGGACCAGGUUCCUGGAGGACGACGACGGAGAGGACGACCGGCGCUUCAUGGGCCUGGAGCUGGACCUCGGGCUCGGGCGGCGUGGGGAGCAGCGGCUCGUCGGGUUCGGACGGGCCGUCUCCGACGUGGGGCUCACCGCCUCCGUCCAUGACGUCGUGGUGAUCUUCUCCUCUCUUCUUGCUUGUAUAAUUGCAAUGACUUGCAGGUUCAUCCAUCAGUGCAGAGGAGAGGAAUUGGGCGCAAAAUACUUGACAAAAUUACAAGGGUACUCCAUAGCAGAGGUAUUUAUGACAUUUCCGCAUUGUGCACAGGAAAGGAGAGGCCAUUUUUUGAAGCAUGUGGAUUUGGUGAUGAUGCCAUGGGUGCCACAACGAUGAUGUACACUAGAAACUUAUACAAAUAGCAUUCCUAUGUAUGGUUGGCAAUCUGCACAAUAAUACUACCACCGCUCCUUUUUUGCUGGUUAACUGCUGCCACCUGAGAAUGCCGAUUGUAAAGAGAGUUCUGCGAUCCAACGGUGAUUUUACCGCCUCUAACUGGAUCCGGUAUCCAUGGUGCCCCAGCCUUAUCUGUUCUCGAGGAAACCACCUGAAUAAAUUAGAGAAACUUGUGGACAUGGUACGGUAGUACAUUUCACCUUAUUAUCAUAUGUGGAUGGCAUAAUCUAGCAUAUUCAGAAUCCGAACCAGCAUUUGUAUUAUUUUUUUGCCAAAAGCAUUUGUAAAUUUACCACCGAUGGUAAAAGCUUCCUGUGUUUACAGGGAUAAA